AGCACAUCAAAGCAAAGCAUAAACCCCCUCUCCACUCUCUAAGUCAUCACCUAUUCUUUCCGCACCCUGUCUUGUCUAUUCAUGACUGGAAUCACAUCAUCGUCACUGUGCUGUCUGACCUAAAAGCUAUAUUGUGGCCACUACCAUGUAUACCUUCUCAUGGAUCAAAGACGACCUAUGCAGUGAUCACCUUCCAUCACCAGAAGGUGCCUACUAAGUAGCCGAUCACCCCGUCAGAUGGCCUCCAACUCCUCUUAGCCUUUCUCCCCCGCUCGUUCCAGAUAUAGUAUGGCCGAACGUUUCCAAUCCUAACCCUCCGAGGCUCUCCCCAGCCUGGCCACUACAGCUGAUUAGUUUAGCAUCAUAUGUCGACGGCAGCAGCUUCACGGAACCCUUCACUUCUUGCGAUACUUCUUAUUGCGCAAGGUCGGACAGGUUCAGGUGCCCAACUCGUCUUCCACUAUCCUCCGGACCCACUGUCCGCUGAUCGCGUGUCGGAUACUACAUCUUCGGCGGAGGAAGAUGAUGGAGAGAGCUCGAGCAGCGAUUCGGAAGACUCAUCUUCAGAUGAUGACUUCGAACUAUUCACAAAGCGGCUCAAUGCGGUAACUAACAACGACAACCGGUCACAAGCGUCGGAUGAAGAGGACGGAGAUUACUUGGCUAAGAGGAGGACACAAGAUGAUGGAGAUUGGAAACCUCCCUGGGAACCACUCCUUGGCCUUGGAGAAGAUGGACUCGUGAGCCUACUCACCCCAGGACGGGCGUGGCAUAAGCGAAGAUUUGAGCUUGGAAUCAACGACCUUACUUUUUUGGGGAGACCUGUCUACGCUCGUGAUGAUGGAUUCUGGCGUAAACCAAAAACCCGCAGACCGAAAUCUCUCGAAGACGAAACAUCGCAGCAAUCUCCCGAGGAGGGAGCCAGUGACAGUGAAAAUGACGACGAGGUGAGAGCAAAUGGGACCUCGAACAGCCAGCCGGCCGAUGAAAAUAAAAAGCAAAAGGAUAACAUCAAGGAGCCGAGAAAGACGCAACUUACCAUGUUCCACGCGGUAUUCGUCAUGGAUCCUCCAUUGUUGGAGCAUUCAUUUCGGGUCAAGGAGAUGUAUGAUCAUGUUGUCAAGAAGUUUUCCAAAGUUCUGAAAUUCGAGCAAUCCCGACACGAGUAUGUCUGGGAGCAGUCCGAACUAUUACACUCGAUAAAGUCUUCGCAUCUCCAGCAACGAUCGCCAACCAAAGUAUUGUAUACGGAAAUGCUUCGAAGGUCAUCUCUGGCCGCCGCAAUAGCAAAAGUCUUUGACAACAUCUCAGCUUCGAAGAUAGCUGCAAUCACACUCAGCUCGAAAUCAUCAGCAUCUCUACAGAUUCCCCCUGUCACAUCCACGUCCUAUCUGCCUUCGCUGACCGAAUCCCCGCUCGAACCAGGUCUAUGGCUUACCACGGCAACAGAUCCUGCUUCAACAGAGUCAGACCUUGAUGCAACCUCUUCUUCAGGUGCGCUGCAGCUGUCUAAAAAUUUCACGCUCCUUCUCAAGCGGAGCCCACAAAAUAUCCUCAAAGACAUUCAAGCCGCAGGAGGACCGCUGGCUGUGCCGUUGGCCAAUUUUAUAGCCAAAGCCAAACCAACCAAAUCUUUCUACAAGAUAUCAGUCGCCACGGGACUUCCACUACCCGACAUUACACAUCUGGCCCGACAUCUCGUGUACUGGCGGCGCGCAAUUGCUAUCCCGCCCUUGCAUCAGAGAGACACUUAUAUCGUCUCUCCAAAUGCCAACAUGAACAAGCUGGCUUCGGCCUGCAAGACUUAUGAAGCGAGUUUUCCGAUGUUGCCAUCACUGCCGAAAAUGCUCAAUUCAUUGAGUGGCACGCCUACUCCUUAUGGCUCUCUAAUUCCCAGCACUGACCACAAAGAAGAAUAUUACCGGGCUUUGGCGUGGCUCAUGCGUGAUGGCUGGGUCACCCAGCUCCGGACGUUCGCUCUCGUACGCGUCGAUCCCGAGGUCAAGAAAGCCGUACGGGAAAAGGAACGAGACGACGCAAAGGGAUCCAGAACACCGGUCGAGCGAGAUGCACCCAAGAACUCUCCUGAUCUGGCGAGGAGUUUCGGCAGCGGCACGCCAACCACAGUCGCAAGCAGUAUUCCAUCCACGUUCAGACAACGCCCCCAGCGUCCUAGUAUGGUCAGUCGACCAUCCAGUGACGGUCGCCAAUCUAUAUCGACAGAUCACACCAGUAGCCGGGGCACGCAGCAGUUCAAGCACAAUCCCAAAGCCGCGAGUUUGAUCUUGUCUCCGCAGCGCGCUUCUCCAGAAGAGUCUCGCUGGCUCGAUUAUAUCGCGUCGACCUUGACGGCUGCUCAUGAUAAAUCGGCACCAGAGCUGUCUGAGUUGCCGGCCACCGAUGCUGAGACAGUGGAGCUCCGGCGGUACUGGUCAAUCUUCGUAAAGUACUUUACGGGCACGGAGGCUCUGGAGAAGAUGCCGCUGCGUGAAGGCUUGAAGAGGAAGUUCGUCUGGGAUAUGCUGGUUAAGAUGGGUGUGGAUUUUGAAAAUGGUGUCGAGGAUGUGAAGGGUGAGAAUAAGAAGGUACUCGUCACUAUAAGACAUUGGUAGAGCAUACCAAAUCUAUCACCACAAUAUACCAAUUUACUGCGAUCAUGUCAAUGAUUGGCGCCACAC